AUGUUACUAUCACUCACAGUAAAUAAACUUUAUCAAGUUAAAAAGAAACAAACUGUUGCACUGAUUGAAGAAGAUGCCGAGUCGCCCAAAAUAUCCAGAAUCAUUGAGCUUCCGCUGCUUUUUUCAGCAGCUUCUUCGGCUCUUUUGGCCACUUCAACUCCUGCAGUUACAGCAUUCACAUCUUCUUCUACUUGUUCAGUUUCUCCUUCAUCCUCCACUUAUUGCUCAUGCUCAAAUAGAUACUCUGCUUUCCCUGCUAGGGCUUUUUCGUCGUCGUCAAUUAGAAAAGAUACAACCCAAAAACCAAACGUUACUACUACCACUGCAACUGCCCAAAGAACAAAACAAGCCCUUGAAGACUUGCGUUCUUCUGUUCAAGAUGCUUGUGCUAAAAUAGUCCCCGUGUCUCUGGCAGGCAUCAACCAACCAUCUUCUUCUUCUUCUUCUUCUUCUUCUUCUUCUUCCCCAUCUUCCUCUCCCUCUUCCUCUAUUCGGGAACCUACGGAACACGCCCAUCACGACGUUAAAAAUUACCGUCCUCCUACCCCACCAACUGGCAUCCCUCUCUCUCGCAUCUUUUCAAACACCUUCCCCCUCCCCCUUUCUGAGUCUUAUGAGCAAUGGACCAACCGCUCAAAGCUCAGGGAGAGUGAGGAAGCCGUGCUCUCGCAUCUACCCUUUUUCCCUACCCCUGACGCUACCCGCAGUGCAAGAUCCCUUCAAGUACCCGUCAAGCUCCCAAAUAAUCCAUCUUAUUCCUCACAUGACCUUUGGAUCAAUGAGUUUGAAAUUACCCCACACAAGUUCGAGGCUGGCAAACCAGGUAACCAUGAGCUUGUCAUGCUCCAUGGUUACGGUGCCGGCCUCGCUUUCUACUACCGCAACUUUGACGAAAUCUCGGCUUUUGGCGACAACUGGCGUAUCCAUGCCCUCGACCUUUUGGGUUAUGGCCGCUCUGCUCGCCCAAAGUUUGUUGUUAAUGCAAAGAACCCUUAUGAAAAAAUCCACGAAACUGAAGACUUUUUUAUUGAUGCUCUUGAGGACUGGCGCAAGCGUCGCAACAUUGACACCUUCACCAUGGUCGCCCACUCCAUGGGUGGUUACCUUUCUUCUGCUUAUUCUCAAAAGUACCCUGGCCGUAUUAACAAACUGGUCCUAGUUUCCCCCGCUGGUGUCCCCCGCUCCCGCUAUUCUAUCCAAGCUAUUGAACGUCGCAAGCUCGGCGAAAUCGAUACAACCGUCCCUAAAACUUCGGUCGAAAUACCCGCUUGGUUUAACUUUUUGUGGGAACAACAUGUAUCGCCCUUUUCUCUUAUUCGCAAUACGGGACCUCUUGGCCCUCGCUUUGUUUCUGGAUGGACUGCCCGCCGUUUUGCUAAGCUCCCCAAGAGUGAGGCUGCAGCUCUUCACCGUUACGUUUAUACCAUCUUUAAUGCUCCCGGGUCUGGCGAGUACGCGCUCAACUACCUUCUUGCGCCUGGCGCGCACGCUCGGUGGCCGCUGGCGGAGCGCGCGGCAGACAUUCCCUGCGACACGGAAUGGAUCUACGGUGCAAACGAUUGGAUGGAUGUUUCUGGUGGUAUUGAGGCCAUUUCCAAUAUCCGUCGUGCUCGUGGCGUUGCUGCUAGACCACCUCUCCAUAUUGUGGAAAAUGCAGGCCAUCAUAUUUACCUUGAUAACCCAGCCAAGUUUAACGAGCUUGUUAUGAAUACCAUGCGUGAAGUUCAGGAGAAGACGAAAUAG